UUUUAUAAGCGACAGAAGGAGGGCGGUUUGAAAGCAAAAAAGCAAUUUGCAGUAACAAUGGGAAGAUGCUAGAAAAUGCGUGAUUAAGAGACUAAAUUUUCUCCAGGCUUGCUAACCUAGUGAGGAUGGCGAGUGUGCACGAAAGUCUGUAUUUCAACCCCAUGAUGACGAACGGGGUGGUCCAUGCUAAUGUAUUCGGCAUUAAGGACUGGGUGACUCCGUAUAAAAUCUCCGUGCUGGCGCUGUUGUACGAGAUGACCGCCUCUAAGAUCACUCUGUCAGAGAGAAGGCGGCUCAACAAGCUCAUCCUGCCUCUUCAACAGGGUCCAGACCUGCCUCUUGGCCCGUUCCUGAAGACAGUGGAGGAGUGCUGCCCUGUGACUGCAGAAGCUGUGAAACUCAGGUUGCAGGAAAUGGCAGACGGAGAGCUGAAAGACAUGGAGCAUUUCUUUUCCACUCUCCCCACUCCCUUCACAGCGUUUGAUUCUGAGGCUUAUAAAACCAGCGUUGUGGGUCUUUUUAUGAGACACAUGCUGUUGGCGUACAACAAGCUGUCCUUCAGUCAGGUUUACAAGCUUUAUAAGUCCCUGCAGCACUACUACCACAGCCACUUCGCCAAGCCCACAGCUGGGCAGAUGGGGCUGCCGGCGCUGGUCGCAGACGACUCGGACAUGGACCUCACCAGUACUGAGUGCACUGUAGGGGACAGAAUGGACAAAGAAGAGCUGGACACCCCGUUACACGAGUCAGAACUCCAAAGUGACAGCACUCACAGCAGAGGUCCUCUGUCGCAGAAACAAGCUGAAUAUUUUCUUGCACGACAGGCGUAUCUUCUGAAGAACGACGAGAACAAAGCCCUGAAGCCCGCCGCGCUGCAGGAGGAGCUCAACAACAUGCUGAAGUUCAACCCAGAUUUCGCAGAAGCGCACUACCUGAACUACCUGAACAGCAUGAGAGUGCAGGACAUCUUCCUGUCAGCCCACAGCCUCCUGCAUUAUUUUGACCGCCUCAUUUUGUCCAGCAAUGAGGGCAAGAGCAACGGAGAUGAAGGCUACGGUCGAAGUCUCCGCUACGCUGCGCUCAACCUGGCAAGCCUGCACUGUCGCUUUGGCCACUAUCAGCAGGCUGAUCUGGCUCUGCAGGAGGCUAUCAGGAUUGCCCAGGAGUCCAAUGAUCAUGUCUGCUUGCAGCACUGUCUAAGUUGGCUCUAUACGCUGGAGCAGAUGAAGGGAUCCGACAGCACCGUGCUAACUGAGGACUCGGUGAAAAUGGCCGCUCAUUUCUGCCUGCCUUACUUGGCCUCUCUGGGCAUUCAGUCGUUGGUCCAGCAGGGGGCGACGCAGGGUAAGACUGCACACAAGCUGAUGGAUGCGCUGAAGGACACAGACAUCCUGCACUGGAAGCAGAGCCUGUCGGAGCUGAUCGAGAUCAGYCUGGCUCAGACCACGUCCAUAUGGAGGAUGUACGGAAAGAGCACCAUGGCUCUGCAGCAGGCCCAGCUGCUUCUCAACAUGAGCAGUCUGGAGCCGGUCAACUUCGGAGUCCAUCAGAACAACACGGAGGCCUUCGCCGUGGCGCUCUGCCACCUGGCCGAGCUGCACGCUGAGCAGGGCCUGUAUGGUGCCACAGCAGAGAUUCUGCAGCACCUGAAAGAACAGUUUCCUCCUCACACACAGCAUGCAAAGCUCUGGAUGUUGUGUGAUUUGAAAAUUCAGUUUGAAAGACACAUGAACGAAAGGAAGUACCAUUUAGCAGAGCCGCUGGUGAAAGCCAUCUCUGCUCUAAACAAAACAGAAGGACUUUACAGGAAAGCUCAAGUUCUGAAGGCGCUCGGCCGCAGCACUGAGGCGUACAACAUCUUACAGCAUCUGCAGGUUGACUGUGAGAAGACGAAAUGCACCGAGAUAAUCAUCAGAGUGAUGCUGUCCACCGCUGAGCUGCACUGGGAGUCGUCCAGCUUCUCCACAGCUCUUCCUAUUCUCCUGCAGGCUCUGACUCUGGCCAGACAGCACCACCUUCAGUCCCUGGUGUCAGAAUCCAUYCUUCAUCUGGCCUUCACUCAGCUGAUGCUGGGAGUCCCUGAGCGGGCCCUGAGUGUUCUUCAUGAAGCCAUGGAGCCAGUUCUGGCCCACGGGGCCAUCAUAGACAAAGGUCGUGCCAUGCUGCUGGCUGCUCGCUGUCAGAUGGCUGUGGCUGGGUUUGGGCCAAACGGACAAGGUCAACCAGAUCUGCAGUUGGCAGUUUUGGCUGUGGACGCACUGAAUGAGGCUGCAGUCUAUUUUACCAAGCUGAACUGUAAGGAGCGGCUGCGGGACGUCCACUACCUGCAGGCUCAGCUCCACCGCUCCCUGGGACAAACCCAGCAGAGCAACAAGAGCGCUAUGCACUUCCGGCUGCUGGACCAGGAGCUGCAGUCUCCAGCAYCGCCUGUCUCCAUGCAGCUCUGACAAGACAACAAGCUGCGUGUUUUAGCUCAUAAAACACCAAGACAACAACAUUUCCUUUUAAACUGCGAGGUGAAGUUAUCGUGACUCGCCACUAGGUGGCAGAAAAGGUUAAUCAUUUUCUCAGCUCAAAUGUUUUGAAGGAAAUUAAAUUUUGAAACUGAUCACUCAGUACGGCACUGAUAACUGAACAGAGUAAAACUGAAGAGUCAUGAGUAAAGAUGAGUUUGCAGACGAUCAAGGGUGUGUGCAUCAGGUUUUCACUUGUGGUUUGGUGCAGCUUUAAGCGAAGGCUCUAAAUAUGACAAGUUUUUGUUGCUUCACAUCAGCAGCACGGCAUAAAUCCUGGCCAACUGUAAGAAAAUGUUUAUCAGUGUUUCGGUGCUGACUUCCCCACAGCUUUUUGAUGAAUGAGGGUAAUAUCAGCAUUAGGUACAAGAUUAAUGUGUUUCAGGAGCCUGGAUGAUACUUGUUUCAUUGUGAGAAUACUGAUGAAGCUGGAACCCAGAGGACCACAUUAGCCCUGUGAUGAGACAACAUAUCUGUGAUAAACUUAACAUCUGACAUGUUUGUCACAAACCUUUAACCAGGUUGUAUUUUUGUUGUCCUGCCCGAACUUUAAUUCAUCACUUAAGGAGCUUUUAAGGUAAAUUUCUGUCUCUCUUCACCACUGUUUAAAAUGAGUUGUACUGGAUGUUUAGUGGAAUAAAAAAAAAAACACCUGGAAUGUUUGUGAUUCUCUUUUAACAAAGUUUUAAAAUAUAUUUUUUAAUGUUUGAUUGUAUUUACCUUCAUGCACGUGUUUCUAAACCUUUCUGUCAGAAUUGCUAAAACCAUGUGGAUAAACAAAUUCAUUGGAAAA